UUUUGUCGUACAGGACCUUCAAGUACGUUAAUUCGAAUGAAAUUGGGGUCGAGCCUCGGGGGAUGCGAGUGCUAAGGGAGGAUGUCUUUGGAUCAUAAUUGGAGGUCAAGGCUAAUCUUGAUUGUAACGACUGCGUCGAUAGUUACAGGGAACUAUCAUUUCUACGAUAUCUCGAAUUUCCAAGAGCAUUAUGCUGAUUUCCAAAAGCUGUUUAAUAAUGUGACUCGUGCUUAUGAACACAUCAAAAUCAGACACGAACAGCGUAUUCAACAUGACUUCACGGGCUCCAAUCCUUUGAAAGUUCCCCGACUGAGGCACCAUCAUGUUGCACACAGAGGACCUUAUUUUGAAAAUGCCGAAGGUCAGGAAAUCAAUGGUUCCAAUAACAUGGCACAUCUGGGCGAUACCGCACUUCUCGACUGCCGAGUCGUGAUGUUGUCUGGUAAAAUGGUCAUGUGGCUUCGACAGAGUCCUGAUAAAGCACUGCUCACUGUAGGCAAGAAUACGCACACAAGUGAUCCUCGAUAUUCAGUGAAAUUUAAAUACCCGAACAACUGGCGACUGGCCAUCUCUGCAAUUCAAAAAGAAGACGGAGGCUUGUAUGUCUGCCAAGUGAAUACGCAUCCACCGAAGAUGCUCAUAACUAACGUCACCAUUCUAGCGCCUGAAAUACGAAUCGUGGAUGAAGCUAAUCACGAGCUACGCGACCGGUAUUACAAAACCGGAAGUAUCAUGGAGCUGACAUGCAUUGCGCGACCAUCACGGCCUGGCUCGAAGGUACCUCAUCCGGUAUGGAGGAAAAAUAACGAAAUACUACCGGACCACGUCAACGUUUAUCAUACCAAUGGGACGGACAACGAAUUAUUAUCACGAAUUCGAAUUGAACAUGCAAAGAAGAGCGAUAGCGGACAGUUUAGCUGUACCAUUGGACAGUUUAGUACAACGCUGGUGAAUAUUCAUAUACUCAAUGGUGAAAAACAGGCGGCAGUUCAUCACGAUCAGUGGAAUGCAGGCAGACCCACUAAUCAGCGCAGAAUCAACGAAGCGCUUCGCAAUGCUUUGGCCGCCUUCUUAUUUCUCACCUUUACUAUCGGUUAUUUAUUAUGA